CUCAUAGAUGCACUUGUAACUCAACUGCUUGAACGGCGGCUCGGAAACAUAGGAAUUCUAGUCUAUAUACUGGGCGUCGUGGGCGAUGGCGACGGCGAAGCUCGGUACUCUGCUAAUUCGAACCUUAGCAAAGCCCAUAAGCAACCAGAUCAAGGUACAAGCUAAGCAGCAUGAAACCUUUCGGUCUUUUUGCGUCAAUUUGGCGCAGCGGAUGUACCGGGCGGAGGUGAAGCUACGUACAGGCCUGCUGGGAGAACCCGCGAAACAUAUACGACCGUUGUCCGAGACCAAGGCGAUAGAAAACGGUGCAAAUGCUCUAGCGGAAGGCUUCUUGUUCUCCGUUGCCGCGGCCCUGAUAAUAGCGGAAACCUGGCGUUCGUCGAGAUCACAGACUAAACGGCGGGAUGCUGUUGAUGAUCAGCUGGACGAUAUCAAGGAGCGGCUGGGUCUCAUGGAGGAGCGGGUCAAGGAAAUCGCUGUCAGUUUGGAAGGGCUCGCUUCGAGAAACGAUGAAUUAACCCGUAUCCUUGAACGUAUAGUCGAGGUCGGCAUGAAGGGGGGUUGGGUGGAGGUCAAAGAUGUACACUGCGGGAAGUAAAGGCACUUAGACCCAGCGCCUUGGGCACUUGUCGCUCAUGGCAAGUGCCCUAGGCACUCGAUACGACGGCACGUGUAAAAAGUGCCUUACGAGCAAGUGCCCAAGGCACUGCAAGUUAGUGAAUAUUUUAUGUCAUUUAUCAUCCCGCGAAAUAUGUGUCUUGGGCACUCGUCCGAAGAGUGCCUUGGACACUGUUUCCUGUGCCCUUCUAAACAAUGCCAUAGGCACUACAUAAAAGACACCUUUAUUCAUUACAUUGUACAGCACUUAGUCAG